UACCUUAGCCCUCCCUCUUCAUCCACAUUUCAAGGAUCUCUCCCUCCGAUCCCAACGCACCAAUCCCCUUAAUCGGGUCGACCCGCUUACCCCUCUCCCAGAAAUGGACCAACCCAGAUUCGUAAUCGAAGCCUCCGAGGCCGAAUCAAUGGCCAAGCAGUCCAACCUCACCGUCCUUCAGCUCCUCCCCUCCCUCGUCAAGCCCGCCCAGGACCUCGCCCGCCCGCCCAUCUCCAAAUUCCAUGUAGGCGCCGUAGGGUACGGGUCAUCUGGUCGGAUCUUCAUCGGCGUCAACCUCGAGUUCCCGGGUCUCCCCCUCCACUACUCGGUCCACGCCGAGCAGUUCCUUGUCACCAACCUCUCAAUCCAAUCGGAAUCCAAGCUCCAAUACAUCGCCGUCUCCGCUGCCCCCUGCGGCCAUUGCCGCCAGUUCAUCCAAGAAAUCCGCGGAGCCCAGGAUAUCCAGAUCCUAAUUACCUCGGUGGAAUCCGGCGACGACAAUUCCGGGAUAAACAGUUUCGACCCGCUCCUACACUUACUCCCCCACCGGUUCGGACCCGAAGACCUCCUGGGACAGGACGUCCCCUUGCUCUUAGAGCAGCUCGAAAACGGUCUGUCGUUUUUGAGCGAAACCGAGAAUUUAACCGACGAUUUUAAACUGAAUGCGGAGUUAAAAGCCGCGGCUUUAGAGGCCGCGAAUAAGUCACACGCGCCGUACAGCGGGUGCCCGUCGGGUGUGGCGAUUUUGGACUCCGAUGGGAAAAUGUACAAAGGGUCGUACAUGGAGUCCGCCGCCUAUAAUCCGAGCAUGGGCCCCGCUCAGGCCGCGGUGGUGGCAUACAUCGUCGGCGGUGGUGGCGGGUAUGAGAAGAUUGUGGGUGCGGUUUUGGUGGAGAAGGAUGGCGCAGUGGUUAAGCAAGAGCACACGGCGAGGUUGCUCUUUCAGGCCAUUUCGCCCAAGGUCGAUUUUCGGGUUUUCCACUGCGGUUCGGGUUCAAAUGGUGUAUAAAGUCUUGAUCUUUGAUGAUCAUGAGUAUGUGAAAAAAUAAAAAAUAAAGAUGAUGAUGAUCAUUUGUAAUGUUUGAGUAUAUUGUUCUUAAUAAGAGAUUUAUGUGUAUAAACAAAUAAACGUGGUCCUUAACGGAGAACAUGAUGUUAUUGUAGCAGUAUUCUAAUUCAAUCAUAGUGUGUGAUUCGAAUUCCGCUGUAGGGAAGUUCAUCUUCUGCAUGACGCCAUGCAAAUUGUAAUCAAUCCGCUUUGUAAGUUUUUGUCACCAGCAAUCUCAGAGUAUAUGAAUCCUUGGGCUUUUUCUCUUUUCA